AAAACACAGCAGAAACACGGUGACACCUUUUUGUCCUACUCGAGUGCAGUAGUUGUAGGCCAGUCUCCGGUUGCUUAGCAACGUGUCCUGCCGACAAACACACUCUGAGGAGUUGACAGAAAAGAUUAACUUACACCGAAAAUGGAACUAGAUGUUCAUCACUAUCUGAAGAAGGCAAAGAAGCAACAAGACUCUGAAGCGUUGCAGUCAGCCUACAGUUUACUCACGAGGAGCCAUGCAGCUGGAACCAGCGGACGGUACCCACGCGUCAGCCCGGACCUGUACGUCGUCUGCGCAGAAGCAGCUCUGCAGCUGGGUUGUUUGGAGACAAGCACAGCGUGUCUAAAGAUGUUCUUUGAAGGGAAUCCGCCAGCUAAUCAAUUUCUGUGUCGAGCCUACCUCUGCCAGGGCCAGCUGAAGUCUCCGCCAGCCACUGGGACUGUGGAGGACUUUGAAGAGGCUGUGCUAAGUUUUCUUAAAGCAGUUGAAAUUGCAAAAUCUGAACCAGGAUGCUUCUUCAUAGUGUUCAACGCUUCAGUGCUGUACUUCCAUACAGUUCGUCCUCUCCUGCAGCAGGGACGGUGUCAUCACCUGGUCCCCUCCCUCAGGCAGGUGGUCCAGAGUCUGGAUGAGGUGGCAGACCAGGACCACAGCUGGAGGGCUGAGCUCAUGAUGCACUUCAUCAGAUGUCUCAUCGACUCUGGGAACACUGAGGAGGCUGCAAGCUUUGCUAAAAUCACGGAGGAAUUCAUCAAGUUAAAUUCCCCACAUCUUUAUCCAGGACUCUUCACAAUACAGGCACGACACAAGCUGACAGAGAGUGAUGUCCUCAUUGAAAAGAGCCGGCAGUGUUCCACUUUAACACUCAUUUACAAACUACAGGAUUUUAAAAACAGGUUGGAGGAAAUAAACAAGGAUAAACCAACAGGAGAGGAGCUGGAGCAGAUUUUCCAUUUCCUCGAAAAUACAGAAUCAUAUGUGGAUUCCAGCUCUCCGCAGACCCCAACACCGAUCCAACCAGCUGACAGAGUUGCCUUCCUCCUGGAGCUGGCUCUGCUGGCCUUGCAAUUGAAGCAUCAGAAAGUGGCUGCUGACUGUUUGAAAGAGCUAAAGUCUGCAAAAGAAGCUAGCAAUGGCCAGCGCAUAAUAAUGGAAUGUGUCAAGUGUGAAAUCAACAUCCUGAAGAGGGGAGCGAAGACGGAUGACUAUUCCAAAGCCAGUGUGGAGGCCCGACUGAAGGAGAUAGAAAAGUUGGAUCUGUGGCUGCAGACUGCGGUGAGGGAGGGGGACCCUCGGGCCAUGCAGGCGGUCUGUGCAACCCAGUGGAGCCUCUGCCUGCCGCUGUUACAGCACAACCUCAGGAAACGCAUCAAGAGACCUCUGCUCAGGGUUUCCCAAGUACUGGAAGAAAUGCAGAGCAUGUUGUUAGAAAUGCGCUGUCAGGUCCACUCAGAGCUGGCAUUGAUUGAAGAGGAGGAGGGUCGCCUCAAGGCUGCUUUGACUCACCUCCAGAAAGCCUCUCUGCUGGAUAACGGGGCACAACGAGAACGCCUUUCGUCAGCUCUCCGCCUUCUGCAGCUCAGAGAGAACCUGUACCAAGCGCCCCCCUGCACAGAGGAUAAAGCCGCUAUGCUCAUGCAGCAGACCAAGGACAUGCAGCCCCAAGAUAAGACCAAUAUCCGUCCAAUCCUGGUCGCUGCGGGUCUUCUUUUGGCUCCUGAUGAUUUCCAGAUGGUGCUGGAUGCAGACAACACUUCCAGAAUUCCCGUAGGCAGUCCUGGAUCUGGACCAGCUGCUGAGCUUUCUGCAAAGGCUCAGCAUCACUCAGCAUCAGUGCAGAAGGUGGAUGGACACCUGGCCAGACAGUUAGGCGACACAGACAACAAAGAGAGGGUGAAGUUGUGGGCGACACUGGUGAAGACGGCCAGAAAACAGGAAGUUUGGGAUGUGUGCCGAGCUGCUUGUCGAUUCUGCUUGCUUUAUGAUGACAGCAGAUGGAAGAUUUCCAAGACUGACAAGUGUGACUGCGCUGAGGAGGAGAGCUGUGCAGAAUGUCUCCAUGGUGAUGGGUGGUGGGACCAGACGGAUGUGAGAGACUUGCUGCGCCUUUUGGCUGAAAUCCACUUCAUCAGUGCAGAGGCCACCGUCCAUAAGCUGCGAACAGAGGGGAUGCAGCUGAAUACCACUCCGGUCCCUGCUGUUGAUGGAGAUGUGCGUGUGUCUGAAGAGGAUCCACACUGGGUUGUUUACAGAGACUGGAUCCAGGCUCUGUCUGCCUACACCACCUCCAGCUUCAUGAGGGCAGCAAAGCUCGGAGCAGAGAUCAGGGAGACAUGGUUGAUAACAAAUGUAUCCGUUCACUUUUGGAACUACAGCAGCCACCUGUUGGCAGCAGGAGAGUACAAACGCUUGCUCCCAGCCUUCCAUACUCUGGUGGAGAUGCUCCGAGAGACAGAGUGCACUGGGAGCCAUGAUCUGUUUGCGCUGCUGUGCGAUGCUGUAGCCCGAGGUUUGAUCCAGCCUCUGUGCGGACCCGGCAGUGUUGAGUCAGCCCCACCAGCAGAGAAGAGCACCAAAAAACGAGCUGAGAAGGGAAUGGAGAAGGCCUCCAGUGUCCAAGGUGGUUAUUUGGACCCUGCUGCCCUGCAGGAGGUCCAUAAAGCAUCAGAGCUGUGUGAGUACGCCUUGCGCUUAUCUAAUGGCAACAUCCCGGGAGAGAUUGUCUCCAUCGCAGUGAGGAAACAGGUGGUGUCAACAUGGGUGCAGAUCAAGAGGCUCCUGCUACAGCAGAUCGGCUCAAACAUUGAUACCAGAGAUGAGUGUGAGAAUGAGGACGUGUUGGCGAUGACGCGUGUGCUGGUUGGAGUGGAGAUGCUCCAGUGCAACAAACCAAGACAUAUGGAGUUUUCUGUCCCCAGUCUCUCCACACUGGUGAGCAUGGCGUCUGAGAGCAGCUGGACUGACGCUGUGGUGGAGCUGCAGGUGUGGUGCCAGCUGGCUUCCUUCUGCCACGGUGCCGAAGAGCACGGCUCGGUGCUGUACUGCACAGAGAGAGCCCUGCAGCUGGGAGAGGCAGCAGAAAAGAGCCUUAAUACUCUGCCCUGUGUUUUGUACGGCCCGACUGCUGUGAAUGACAUGCUGAGCAGUGCAGCGUGUUUGAGGGGUUUGAGUUUAGCCCACGAGUCCAGAGGAAAUCUGCACCCUUGCAGAGAGGCUCUGGAUGUGCUGCUGUCCGGUGUCAGCUUUGCAGAGAAGGCGCAGAAUCCAGCAUUGUGUACUACAGCUGCCAAGCAUUACUGGAAUGCGUGUCUGCCCCUAACACGGACUACUGAGGAAAGACAGAAGCUCCAAGAGCCUCUGGAGAAGAUCCUGGGUGCUCUGGUUCAAACCAACAAAAAACAUGAGCAGGGCAAAGUGAAAGGAUCACUGACCUUCAUGGAACUGAAUUCUAAACAUGGAGCAACAGAUGAGGAGGAACUCACUCUCAGAGCAGCAAUUUACAGUGUGUUGCUCAUCAUCCAAACUGAUAAGGCUGACUGGAAAAGUGCUCUGCAGCUGCUGGACCAGGCCAUGAGAGACAUGCCAACCCAUAGACACCGACUACCUCUGCUGAAACAGAGAAUCCUGGUAAAAGUUCAACUUGGGGAAAGUAUAGUGCUGGACAUGAAGAAGUUACGAGACGAAGGAGAGCUCUGCUGUUCAUUUAUGUGGCACCAGGUGGCGCUGUGUUCUGGAAGUAUUACCCAACAGCUCACCUGCUACCAGAAAUCCAUCUCCUCUCUGUUGAGUGCAGAGACUCGAUGGCAGAAGGUCAACCUGCUGCUGGAGUUUGGAGAGUGGCUGUACUGUCACAACUUCCCAAAAGCUGAUGCCCAACAGCAUGUUCAGUGGGCUGUAGACAUUCUCCUGCAGAAGGAGAGUGAACAUGGAGCAGAGGAUGAGUCCACAAAGAGGGAUGUAAGUUCCAUAAGAUGCGAGAACCCAGUCGGAGUCCAGGGCUCGUUAUGGACACAAAGUUUGUCAGAUCUGAAGGAGGUGCUGCGUCUUGAGAGCCUGGUACGAGCACACACUUUGCUCGCUGUCAUGGCAGACAGAACAACGCCAGAGCACCAGCUGAGCCUUUUAAGAGCCUACACCUUUGUGCUACAGAUAUGGAAGGUGUCCAUGGCGGUGUGUUGUGAGAUUUCCAGUGAGAUGGCAAAGACUCAGCAAAACCAGCCUCCUCCUUCUGCUGGAUCCAAAAAAGACAAAGACAAAAGCAAGAGCAAAAAAGUCAAAGAUCCUCCUCCAGCAGAAGAUCGACCCAAGCCUGUUGCCUUGAAUCAAGAACCUCCUUCCACCCCAAUCGACUGGGCUCGCUUCAUAUGUCCUGAGCAAGCCCGGCAGAUCUUCAGAACCAACGAGAACCCCCACUGUAUCAAUACACACAGCAUAAAAAAGCAGACUCAAAGCCUGUUUUAUCUCAACCUGCUGGAGAAAGAGCUAACCUCACUCUCAUUUGACCACCUCACUUUACCCAUAAUGCAUCUAUCUGAGACCAUUGCUCAUGACCUCCUAAACAAGAGGAGCCUCUCUGAUCUCUACCGACUAAGAAUUGUGCAAGUCUGUUGUCAGCUCGGUUUGGAGGCACACUCCCCGUACCAUGAGCAGCUCCUGAAUCUGAGUAGAAUCCCAGAACAAGAGCAGAUGGACUGUCGCAGAGAGAUUUCUUUUCCACAGGAGAGGAGGAGAGGCCUUCACAGAGAUUACAAUCAGAAAAAUAAAGGAAAUGGAGCCGCUGCUUCUGGACAACAGAGCAUGAUCAGACAGUGUGGGACUGUGUGUGCUCAGGACAUGUGGCUGGACAAAGCUGAGGUCUGCCUCAGCAUGGGGUUCUUUCCACAAGCCAAACAGCUGAUAGCAGAGGCAUACACGGUGGCUUCUGAGCUGGGAGACCAGAGAGGAAAAGCAAGAAGUUUGAUCAGUCAGGCUGUUCUGGCUUGUGAAGAACAGAACUUUGCUCAGGCGCUGAACCAGCUUGAAGAAGCCAAAGACCUGGGCGGGGAUGAGGAGUUCUGGUUCCAGCUCACCCUCACUAAGGUCAGAGGUGUAGUCGGCCAGAGAGACCAAGAUACACACAAGGUUGAUCAGAUCAUAAAACAAGGCUGUGAUGCUCUGAAGCUGAUUCUUGAGAAGCGGGUAAACCAAGUCCAAGAGCUCACAUUCCUCAUCACCUCAUUAAAGAUGAGAGGUGCAGUUGAAUGUAUCCGUGCCCUUGGUGGUGGUGAACCGGGGGAAACUCUCUGUAAAGAGGCCGCCCAGAGGAUAACUGCUGCCUGUGACACACUAAGAGAGUGUGUCACUGGUUUUACAAAGCUCGGCUACAGACAUCACACAGCUGAGGCACAUAUGGAGUCUGCACACUGUCUGGGAAUCCUUGCCAGCCACACCUUUUCCACAGAGGACAGACAGCGCUUCCUGCUCGAUAGCUUCUUUGAACUGCGACUUGCUGUUACCGAGCAGGAACAUGUGGUGCUGAACGCUCAAAGUCUGGUCCCCACACAGGAGGAGAGUCCUGGAUUGUCUCUGCCAGCUAUGAGGAGGCUGCAGCGGCUGCGGCUGGAUCUCACAGAGUUUAGUCUGGUUCUGCUAGAGGCGCAAUGUGAGGAAGACAAAUCCCAAGCUCUGGCCAGGGAGAAGAAGAACUCUACUGAGAUAAUACUCGAUGAGUUUAUGCGCUGCUCACCUGAGCCUGACUCUUUAGAGCAGGAAUGGUUAAGUAUUGGCAGCACUGUAGGGCAGGUGGCUUUGAGCCAUCUAUCUGCAGUCUGGUCUCGGGACCCUCACAACAUGGAGACCAGAGCUCGCUGCUUGAGUUUGAUGGGAAAGUACCUCAGACUGCUGGCUGUGCGGGAGGACCCCCUUUAUUUGUGUUCUCUCUGGGACAGACACAAACAGACAGAAGCCUGGUCUGACCCCAAAGCUGUUUCUUUGGAGGAGGAGAAUUCAGAGGAAGAUAAAGACAGAGAAUCUGCCAGAAGAGAACUGAGGAUGACCCAUGCCAAAAGUGCUGAGCUGCAGCAGAGGAGGUGCAGAGCCCAGCAGCUGUUAGCAGAAGCCAGUAAUGCACUGAGUGAGGCCAUCGGUCUGUGUCUCCAACACAAGCUGCCCUACACCAUCCUGGCUGAUGCCUCUGUACAUAUGUUGGAGUGUCAUGGCCAGUCAGAUCCUGCAGUGGCAGGCCAACACCUUGCUCUGUUUCAGAGCUGCUGCACUGUUGCUACGAUGGCUGACGUCCUAAGUUCUGCUUGCUCUUGCACCAGUGAGUCCCAGCUCUCUGCUCUGCUCAGCCUUCACAGGAAACUGCUCCUCUCUAAGGAAGAGAGGCCCAGCAGCAUGCUGAAGGGAGUUGAGGACUCCCUGAACAGCCUCUCCAAGGCCUUCAGCCAGCUUACCAUCAAUCCUAACCACCUGAACAUCCUCGCGGAGCUUCCACCCAACCUGAAGAUCCUGCUGCUCCAGCACUCUGAUGAUGGGUCAGAACUGUAUGGAGCCCUCUAUGAAGUGACUGAAACUCCAAAUCAAAAGACAAAGGCCACACAAUGCGCAGGUACACUGACAUGCUCCAGGGUAGCUAAAGUUUCUGUCUGCCCGCGGGCUCUGCUGGCUUUGAGGGAGCGGACUCAGGCCUUUGGUCAGGAGACCAGACUCAGCCUCUUCAAGGAGGCCUGCCAGCAGAAUUUGCAAGCCACUGAGGGCAGUAUACAGGUUACUGAGGAGCAUCAGAUUUUUCCCUGUAAAACUGCAGCAGACGAAGAAUUGACACGUCACUUCAGAGAAGUUGUACAAGAUAUGGAAGAUUACCUUAAGCCACUUCUCACUCAGCUUGACUUCUCUGGCUUCAGGCCUCGGGCUGCAUCACUCCCUGCCCCUGAGACGUCCAAAACCAAAGAUAAAGAGGAGAAAGAGAGUGCAGUGAAAUCACCAGCAGAACCAGGGCACUUUGUGGUGUUGCUGGCAGACACUGUGUUACUGGAGUUACCACUGGAAGCCUUGUCCAUCCUUCAGGAGGACGGCCUGACUUCUGUGUCCCGAGACUUCUCCCUUCAGGUCCUCCACAGUCGCCUGACCAGUGCAGAACCACAGAAAGUUGAAAGGGACAACAAAAAAGAGACCAAAGGUGGCAAGGGAACGAAGGCGAAGGCAGAUCAAAGCCAAGCCAUCAAAGUGGUACCUGUGAAUCGUGUGUUGCCUUCACACACCUGUCCAGUGGACAUGCGUAACUUCAAAUAUAUUGUUGACCCCCGCAAUGAAGGCAGUUUUGAUGGGACCAGCCUGAGUACGAGGAUGGAGGAGAUUUUGGAAACACACAGUCAGCAUUUCACCUUGCAGUGGGAGGGCUUCAUGGGCAGCAAGCAAACACCAAGUCUCUUGGAGAUGCAGCAGCUGCUGAGCAAAUGCAGUGCCAUCAUUUACCUGGGGAUGGAGCGCUUCAUGGCAAUCAUUCCGCCUGGAAAACUAGCAGCCCUCGAUCUGUCAGAGUGCCGCAUGGCUCUGCUCUUUGACUUGGUUCAAAACAAAGCCAGCGUGGCUCCACUGACAAACCUGGGCAUGCACAAAAGUUCAGGACAGCUGUCUCUGGAGAAACCUCUGCAGACCACUCUGCUGCUGAGUUUAGGAGGUGUCAGCUGUAUCGGCCUCAACCAGUGGCAGAGCAGCCUUCAACAGAGUACUCACAAUCUGGCCCAUGUUCUGGAGAAUCUACUGAAGGUCAAACUGACCUCUGGACAGUCGGUUCAUUCCCUGAGGAAUGAAAGCAGUUCAGAGAUGCCGUGUCACAAGGUUACAGGAUCACACGAUAGGGCUGUCCAUGUUGAUUCAGAGGAAGACAAGGUUCACCACAGAAACACUCUCACACCUUCAGCCUUCAACUGCAUUCUUUAUGGACUCCCAAAUGUAAUGGUCAUAUAAUUUUCUGCAUACCUGUGAUGUUUCUCUCUUGUAUUGCAUGUAUGUAUGAAAUGGUUAACCAUUUCAUUAAAGAUGAUCUGUGAUUCUUUAUUGAACACCCUCAA